GUGGAAUGAUCCUUCCCCGGUGUGUGCAGGGGGCAGGGCAGCCUCUCCCGGGUGCUUAGGGCAGAGAGGGGGCUCUGAGUUCCUCUGGUACAGCCCCACACCAGACCCAAGUCCAGAGAGGCUCCAGAAUGCUGUCCCGCAAGGCCGUGGCCUUUCUGCUGGUGGUGCAUGCAGCCAUCAUGCUGGCUUCCCAGAAGGAAGCCUACAUUCCCAUCGUCACCUACGGCGAAGUCCAGAGGAUGCAGGAAAAGGAGCGGUACGAAGGGCAAAAGAAAUCCCUGAGUGUACAGCAGAGGUCCGAGAAGGUGGGCCCUCUGGACCCCGCAGAGCCUUUGGAGGAAGAAGAAAAGGAAGUUAUCAAGCUGACUGCUCACGUGGAAAUUGGAAUGAGGAUGAACUCCAGGCAGCUGGAAAAGUACCGGGCCACCCUGGAAGGGCUGCUGCGUGAGGUGCUGCUGUCCAGCCAGAACGCAGCCAAGUGACAGGUCACCUGGGGGAGAAGCUGGACGGAACUCGGAUCCCACCACCCC